AUGGAAGAAACUGGGUUAGCCCCGCCCCCCGGGCCAGUGAGGCGGCGGGUAACGGGUGGGGGGAGGGCAUUGCUAGGGUCGAGGGGGUGGGGUUACCGUUGGCUAAGAGGGCGGGGCAGAGUGGGCGUGCGCACGCGUGCUGAGCUCUGCGAAGGAAGGCGGCCCAGUGGAAGCCCCGCAGUUCCCCGGUCGGCUCGGUGUUUGGAAGUCAUGUCCGGUGCAGCCCCCCGAGAGCCCCAUACGUCUACUCCUCAGGCGGCGGCAGCAGCCGCUGCUGCUGCUGCUUCGGCCUCGGCUGCUGCAGUCGGCGGCGCCACUGCUUCCGACCCCGCCCCCGCGGCCGAGGGCCCUUCCAAUGACACUUCGUUCGGGGAGCAGGGCCUGAGCUUCACCACCACAGACCUCAACCUGGUGGAGAUGACAGAGAUCGAGUACACCCAACUGCAGCACAUCCUCUACUCGCACAUGGAGGCCCAGGCCAACGAAGGGGAACUGGAAACCCGGCUAAAUUCCGCCUUCUUCUCCGCGAGCAAUCCCUCGAGCCAGGCUCAGUACCAAUCCUCCAGCAGCACCGGCCAGCCCAGCUACUCCUCCAACAGCACGGGCAGCCAGUCUGUGUAUCCAGUCAUCUGCCAGUCAGGCCUGACUUCUGAUGGCAGCUUUGUGGGGUCAAACCAGUGUCUGGGACACAUUGAUUUCCAAGAGCUGAGAAUGAUGCUGCUCAGUGAAUCCAAUUUACCUGUGACAGUUGCCAACCAGGUAGAGAAAACACCCAACAGUAGCUCUGUAGAGGUCACUGGCCACAGUGUGGUAAGAGUUAAACACGGAGAAAAUGUUGGUGGACCAAAUAAAGAAAAUAUAGCUGUUGAAAAUCUGGCACCUGUGCCAGAAACUAGAUCUAAAUCUGCAGUCCGAGUUCGGCUAGAAGACAGAUUCAACAGUAUCCAGACAGAAAUUCCCAGGUGCCAAGAGCCUCAGGAGUCUGGAGUUACUCUUAACAAUUUGGUAACCCUUAUUCGACAUCCAUCUGAACUAAUGAAUGUUCCUCUUCAUCAGCAGCAAAACAAAUGUACCACAUUAGUGAAAAACAAAACUGCUGCUGCUACUACUGCUUUGCAAUUUACAUACCCAUUAUUUACUGCAAAUGCCUGUUCUACUGCUGGGAAUUCUAAUCUUUCACAAACACAGAGUUCUAGUAACUCAUGUUCUAUACUUGAAGCUGCCAAACAUCAAGAUAUUGGGUUACCCAGAGCAUUUUCUUUCUGUUACCAGCAAGAAAUUGAAUCUACUAAACAGACUUUAGGCAGUAGAAACAAGCCUUUACCUGAGCAGGUUUGGAUUAAAGUAGGAGAAGCGUUAUGUAAACAAGCAAUAAAUAAAAGAAAUCGCAGUCGAAUGCGUCAGUUGGACACAAAUGUAGAAAGAAGAGCUCUUGGUGAAAUUCAAAACGUAGGAGAAAGCCAGAGCACCACAACUUCACAGGGUGCUUGGCAAUCUACAGAAUCCACACAAUCAAGCCUAGGCGACCAGACACAAAGUGGGCAACAGGGUGGACGCUCACAACGCAGGGAGAGGCAUAAUCGAAUGGAAAGAGAUAGAAGGCGCAGAAUUCGGAUUUGUUGUGAUGAAUUGAAUCUUCUAGUUCCAUUCUGCAAUGCUGAGACUGAUAAAGCAACAACUUUACAGUGGACAACAGCAUUCCUGAAAUAUAUUCAGGAAAGACAUGGAGAUUCUCUAAAGAAGGAAUUUGAAAGUGUAUUUUGUGGUAAAACGGGCAGAAGGCUAAAGCUGACCAGACCAGACUCGUUAGUAACAUGUCCGGUGCAGGAAAAUCUACAGAAUAGCCCCGCUAUGGAGAUCAAGUAGUUUGAACUGAGUACUUAGUAUUUUUAUUAACUAUAUGGCUAUCCAGGGAUGAUCCUUAUCUAUUUUCUACAAUUCUGGAAUUCUACUCUGAUGGUCUAAUUUUAUAUUGACAACAUUUGUUAAUGGGAUUCCAGUAGUAGUGACUUACUGGCAAAGAUACAUUUUGUAAAAAUACAUAUUUAGAACAUUAAAUAUUUAUUCGUGUCCUCUUAGAUCUUUGGGGGACCAGCAGCAACAAGAAAGCAUCUUGGUAAUAAUUAGUAAGUAAUUCUUCAAUUAUCGAUGAAAUCCAUCAUGUUUUUCUAACAUGAUAUGUUAUAAAAAUAUCUGAACAAUCUAUGUAGAUUUGUGUUCAGCCUUAUUAAAAGGUACAUUGCUUUUAUUUUAUUUAUAUUUCAAAUAUGCCUACUUAGCAAUUGGAACAAAGUUAAAUUGUUCUUGACUAUAAGUAGUUUGGAAAUGAUACUGUAUUUGAGUUAAUUUGCUAAUUAUCUAUCCCCCUUGGAAUUAUAUUUUCAGUCAUACAGUGCUGUGUUUGCAUUGUUUGCAAAAUACGGUACUGUUUUAAACCAUUUUACCACAAGCUUUCCAAAAGUUUCUCUUAAAGCUGCUUUUGCCCAUAAAUGGUAUACUGUAAACAAUGGAUGACUUAUAUGCACAGAAUAUUUUCAU